GCAAACAUCGAGGUCAAUGUCGUAUGGACUUUCGGAUAGAUUAGGCUUUUAUCAUUCAGACUGCAAGCCCAUUGUAUGGUCUGAAACGAAUGGGUUGCAACGUGACGAUAGGAAUCGGAUCCUCCGCACCGAGUUACCGAGUUACCGCCAUGUCCUCCAUUCUCUCUAACGCUCUUCCUCCACACAAUCACAGUCUCUUUCUCCUUAACACCUUGUCCACUCGCCGGCGCGCCCUCCGUUUCCAUUCCCCCGCUGCUCGCUCUCCCCUUCUCCAAGUGACUGCCUCCUCGCCCGACCUCCCGAUCACUACAGCAAAAAAUGUCGAGAAUGUUGUUAUUAUAGGUUCAGGUCCUGCAGGAUACACAGCGGCAAUAUAUGCAGCUCGUGCCAAUUUGAAGCCUGUAGUGUUCGAGGGAUAUCAAGUAGGCGGUGUUCCUGGGGGACAGUUGAUGACUACCACUGAGGUGGAGAAUUUCCCUGGGUUUCCUGAUGGAAUAAGCGGUCCAGAUUUGAUGGAAAAGAUGCGACUGCAAGCUGAGCGUUGGGGAGCAGAAUUGUUUCAAGAAGACGUGGAAAAUAUCGAUUUAAAAAGUAGUCCCUUUACAGUGCAAAGUAGUGAACGUAAGGUUAAGUGCCAUAGUGUCAUUUAUGCCACAGGAGCUACCGCAAAAAGGCUUAGGUUACCCCGUGAAGAUGAAUUUUGGAGUAGGGGAAUUAGUGCUUGUGCCAUUUGUGAUGGGGCAUCACCCUUGUUCAAGGGGCAAGUCCUCGCUGUUGUUGGAGGGGGUGAUACAGCUACUGAGGAAGCAUUGUACCUUACUAAAUAUGCUCGUCAUGUUCAUUUACUUGUACGAAGAGACCAACUAAAGGCUUCCAAAGCUAUGCAAGAUAGAGUGUACAACAAUCCAAAUGUCACCGUGCACUACAAUACAGAGACCGUGGAUGUUAUUAGCAAUGCAAAAGGUCAGAUGUCUGGAAUUUUAGUUCGAAAACUCGAUACUGGCGAGGAAUCCGUGCUUGAGGCAAAGGGAUUAUUUUAUGGUAUAGGCCAUUCACCAAAUAGCCAGUUGUUGGAAGGCCAAGUUGUGCUCGACAGCUCUGGCUAUUUGUUAGUUGAAGAGGGUACUGCAAAAACUUCAGUUGAAGGUGUAUUUGCUGCUGGAGAUGUGCAGGACCACGAAUGGAGGCAAGCUGUAACUGCUGCUGGAUCUGGAUGCAUUGCUGCUUUAUCAGUCGAGAGAUAUCUUGUACACAAUGAUCUCCUUGUUGAGUUUCACCAGCCCCAAGCUGAAGAGGUAAAGAAGGAACUCACAACCAGGGAUGUUCAAGAAGGUUUUGACAUUACACUUACAAAGCACAAGGGCGAGUAUGCAUUACGGAAAUUGUACCAUGAAAGUCCAAGGCUUAUUUGUGUACUAUAUACAGCGCCAACCUGUGGUCCUUGUAGGACUUUGAAGCCAAUUCUUAGUAAGGUAAUAGAUGAAUUCGAUCAGAAUGUACAUUUUGUUGAAAUUGAUAUCGAAGAAGAUCCAGAAGUAGCAGAAGCAGCUGGAAUUAUGGGUACACCAUGUGUGCAGUUCUUCAAAAAUAAGGAGAUGCUAAGGACGGUGUCGGGGGUAAAAAUGAAGCGAGAGUAUCGAGAAUUCAUUGGAGAAAAUAAGUGAGAGGUGCCCUCAUUUUGUGAUCCAGUUUUGUUCCUUCCAAACAGUCGAGUGGAAUGGCUGCCUCAAGUUUUUACCAUAGUAUUCAAUGUUGAUCUACAAGACAGUAGAUAUAUACAAUUGGAGGUACCAGUGUCUUGAUGGUUUUAAAUCUCCAAUCUUGAAUUUCAAUCAUUCUGUAAAUUUGGAUCAAGAGUUCGACAAUGAAUUUUAUCAUCUGCUUGCUAUCAAAUACAAUAAUACGCGGCCAUGUCUAUUAAUAAAAGACCCUUCUUUUUUGUGAUUUUA